GUGAGAAGUUGAAACUUUAGGUUUAAGCAACCAUUAGAUGACGGGAUCAAUUACCAAACUCACGGGUCUUGGGAAACUCUGAAAUCUUGAUCUAAAAGGCCAAUUGACCAAAUUGAGUUCUUCUCUGUCCCAAAAUUCUGUAUACUGCGCCUCGCAUCCUUACGACAAUAUAAAGAUGCCAGGGAGACAGCAGCCACACGGAUCGAGAUCACCAGACCUAUCACACAAAGACAAUAGGGAUCAGCAGUGAUGUCAUACAGCGCAACCUCCGUCUACUCCAAACACAGUACUACGGAUGCCAGGUUUAUAAACACGACGGCGCCGGUACUUCAUGUUAGCUAGAUCUCGCGCGGGAAGACUAAGGUAAUGUAACAUUAAUUGCCGUUGCCUCUCAAGCUAUUAUUUUCGCUAGUACCAAACGUCGUAUCUCAGGCAGUCGUCGUCGGCAGGCAUAAUUCACAAUUCACCGAACGAAAUAGAGCUGGUGGAAAGGAAAGACGAGAAUAUAUACCCCCCUUUUUUUAAGAAAUAAAUCUACCUAAGCAACCCCUCCAGAAACCAUGGGCCACCCGUUCCACCCCGACGACUUCCCCCUCAACACAGACGUCGUGCUGCAGCCGACGCGCGCCUUCUACCUCAAGGGGUGCAUCCACUUCAAGGCGACGGCGCAGAUCAUCGACCUGUCGGGGCGCCUGCAGUCGCCCUUCGUCGGGGACUUCAGCCACGCCUUCCUAGACGAGGCCGAGCAGGUCGCGCGCAAGUUGUCGUCCUCGUCCUCGCCGACCUACGAGAUCAAGUCGAGCGGGAACAUGAUGCGAACCCUCAAGACGAUCGCGGACGGGUCGUCGGGCGAGCGCGUGUGCGACCUCAACAUCACCUUCGUCUCCUUCGGCUCGAGCACCGUCCGCUUCCCCAAGGACAGCCCGCACUCGCGCCACGAGGUCGAGCUGUGCCCCGUCGGCGGCCGCGCCGCCGGCGGCGACGAGAGCAAGCACGAGGCUUUCGUCAAGAACAGCAUCCCGUACUUCUGGGACAUGACCCGCGGCCGCGUCGGCAUCCUGUAUAAAUGCCUGAACCAGAAGCGCGUCGAGAUCGGCCGCGUCGCCGGGUAUGGGUUUGACAAGGACGCCGUGCUCGUGCUUAACGGGAAUGAGCUGGAUGAUGUGGUGGCUAUUGCGACGUGUAUCAUUUUACUUAAUGGGAGGGAUGCCAUGGACGCUUAGAGGGGAUGCGGUAUGAGAUGAUGAGAUAGGAAAAGAUGAAAUGACUAACGAAAAGUGACGAGGCAUGUGCACUUGCGAAGAGGAAUCGAGAAUUGGCCGGUUUACUUAAUCGCAUA